AUGUCCGACAUCAGCUGUUCACCAGAGGAGCUACCAAUGUACUAUGACGUUGGACCCGACUGGACCGGGGUCGAGACACCCGAAUUCCAGGCCUACCUAGGUGCAAAUGCCUACUGCACAGAACCAAUAGGCCCAUCCGCACUCCUGACCCCAGUCAGUCUCCCCGAUAGCUCAAUGCGGCCGAGUCCCGCAUUGAGCCAUCACUCAGAAUAUGCCCCAGAAUACCAAUACAUCAACAAUUCCAUAGCCCCACAAGGCCUGGGAAUCACCGCACCAUUUCCCACAGACUUCCCCGUCUCAGCACCAACCCUAAAUACGUCCUACAUCUACGCCCCAGAUGAGCUCCAACAACUCGAGUAUGGUCUGCCCACCUACACCUCCAGCAUGUCGCCGCAAAUGCAUUCGCAAACGCAAGCGCAUAUCCCGGCACCUAGGCGCAAGAGACGCGCGCCGUCCCAAUCAAGAUCUCACACGCCUUCUCGGGAUACACCAAUCAAUAUCCUGCCCCACCCGGAGGGAAUAGAGCGUAUGGAACGUGAGCGAUUAAAUCCCCGGCCCCCACCACAGCUUUACCCCCGACCACGGGCCCCCGGUAGGGGCCGACGGGACCCACAGGCCGAAGCGGAAGACAUGUUUGUAGAGGAAUUGCGCGAGCAAAAUACGGCGUGGAAAGUUGUGCGGGAAUUGUAUCGGGAAAGGUUCGACAAGGAUGCAUCGGAGUCGAGAUUGCAGAUGCGAUUGAAAAGGAGGCGCGAGCAACGGAAUACGCACUGGGAAGAUCACGAUGUCCAGCUUCUUAUCAACGCUAGUGCGAUGUGGGAGAAGGAAAAGUUUCGAUUUAUUGCAGAUAAGAUGAAAGAACUUGGUGCUUCGAAAGAUUAUACGCCCGACCAAUGCAAACUUCAAUUACGGGUAAUAGACGUGAAACAAUAUUAUCGGAAUAUGGGCAGUGCCUCACCAUCAGCCAUGACCGAUCCUCCUCGCUCCCUAAAGCCAAAAUCAAGAAAACGAGCGCGGGUUCAAUCAUUGGAUCCGGAAUAA